UUUUCUCUCUCGGACAAAGAAAGAGAAGAGAAAGUGAAGGAAAAUGAAUAUAAUAAGGGGCCCAAAACCAACCCCAGGGGGUGUAGUCGUCGGUUUUUCAUCUCUCUGUUCCCGUUUACAUUUGAGGAUGCUUUCAGAGAAUCACUUCAUUAACUAGUUCCCCUGUCUCUCUCUCUCUCCCUCGUCUGCACUUGGAGAAGCUCAGAUCUGGACUUCCGGUUACUGGGAUUUCAAGUUCCAAUCCCCAAUGGCGGUGAAUAAUCUACUUUGUUUCUGAACUUGGCCUCUUCUCUCUCCACGGUACUCUCUCCUUCCCGACGAAUCUAACUGUAUGCGUGGCGUAUUUAAGGGCAAUGAAAUCUGGUGUUCUGGAUCUAAUUUGAGGGCAUUGUAGUGCAAAAGAGCGCUUGGGUGAAGUUAAUUCGGGCAAAUGACAAAGCCCAGGCAAAAUUAUUUGGCGCAAGAUGUGUUGUCUUCGUCGCCCACGGCCGGAAGAUCGAGGGAAUGGGAAGGGCCAGCGAGGUGGACCGAGUAUUUGGGUCAGGAAGUGAAUUCUCAUCUGACAUCUAGAGGCCCUAGGAAUCCCGGGUCUGAAGGGUUGGUUCAGGGUUCUAGCGGGUCCCAUAAGGGAUUGAACAUGCAGUGGGUGUAUCAGUUGACUGGUGUUGCUGAAGGGCUGUUGGCUAAAAUGUACAGGCUGAACCAGAUUUUGGACUACCCAGAUUCCCUGGGUCAUGUGUUUUCUGAUGCAUUCUGGAAGGCGGGUGUGUUCCCCAAUCAUCCAAAGAUUUGCAUCCUACUUUCAAAGAAGUUUCCUGAGCAUCACAGCAAAUUACAGCUUGAACGUGUUGACAAGGUUGCCUUGGAUGCACUGAAUGACAAUGCAGAAGUUUAUUUGCAAAGCUUGGAACCAUGGGUUCAGCUGCUUCUUGAUUUGAUGGAAUUUCGAGAACAAGCUUUGCGGCUAAUACUGGAUUUAAGCAGUACAGUAAUUACCUUGUUGCCCCAUCAAAACUCUCUCAUACUACAUGCAUUUAUGGACCUCUUUUGUGCCUUCAUCCGUGUCAAUCUUUUUGCUGAGAAGAUACCAAGGAAAAUGAUGCUGCAAAUUUAUAACAUUUUGCAUGCGAUGUUGCAUGAUGAUCGGGACUGUGAUUUUUAUCAUCGGCUUGUUCAAUUCAUUGACUCUUAUGAUCCACCAAUGAAAGGAUUACAUGAAGACUUGAAUUUUGUCAGCCCCCGUAUAGGAGAGGUUUUGGAGGCUGUGGGCCCUAUAAUAUUCCUGUCUACAGAUACCAGGAAGCUAAGAAAUGAGGGGUUUUUAAGUCCAUUUCAUCCUCGGUACCCUGACAUACUUACAAAUUCAGCGCAUCCAAUGAGAGCUCAAGACUUGGCAAAUGUUACAGCUUAUCGUGAAUGGGUAUUAUUUGGCUAUCUUGUUUGUCCUGAUGAGCUUCUAAGAGUCACCAGCAUUGACAUUGCUUCGGUUGUACUCAAGGAAAAUUUAAUUCUUACAUUGUUCAGAGAUGAGUAUGUACUAUUGCAUGAGGAUUAUCAGUUAUAUGUGUUACCGCGAAUAUUGGAGUCAAAGAAGAUGGCAAAAUCUGGACGAACAAAGCAAAAAGAAGCUGAUCUAGAGUAUAGUGUUGCGAAGCAGGUUGAGAAAAUGAUAAGUGAAGUACAUGAACAAGCAUUACUCUCUUGUGAUGCUAUACACCGAGAAAGGAGAAUAUUAUUAAAGCAAGAGAUUGGAAGAAUGGUGCUUUUUUUCACUGAUCAGCCAAGUUUAUUGGCUCCUAAUAUCCAGAUGGUGUUUUCUGCGUUGGCAUUAGCUCAGUGUGAGGUUAUGUGGUACUUCCAACAUGUGGGAAUUGCUUCCUCCAAAUCUAAAGCUGCUCGAAUGAUGCCAGUAGACAUAGAUCCAAAUGAUCCAACUAUUGGAUUUUUGUUGGAUGGAAUGGAUCAUCUUUGCUGUCUAGUGCGCAAGUAUAUUGCAGCAAUUAGAGGUUAUGCAUUAUCGUAUCUAUCAUCCUGUGCUGGUAGAAUUAGAUUUUUAUUGGGCUCUCCGGGUAUGGUGGCUCUUGACCUAGACUCAACCUUGAAAGGACUUUUCCAGAAGGUUGUUCAACAUCUUGAAAACAUACCAAAACCGCAGGGCGAAAACAUUUCUGCCAUCACUUGUGAUCUAUCUGAGUUGCGUAAAGAUUGGUUAUCAAUAUUGAUGAUUGUUACGUCUGCUCGGUCAUCUAUUAACAUUAGACAUUUGGAAAAAGCUACAGUAUCUACUGGAAAGGAGGGCUUGUUGUCUGAAGGGAAUGCUGCAUAUAGUUGGUCCAGAUGUGUUGAUGAACUUGAAUCUCUGCUAUCAAAACAUGGGAGUCUGAAAAAGCUUUACUUCUAUCAUCAGCAUCUUACUACUGUUUUCAGGAACACCAUGUUUGGACCUGAAGGCCGUCCUCAACAUUGUUGUGCGUGGCUUGGUGUUGCUAGUAGUUUCCCUGAAUGUGCUUCUGUGAUUGUACCAGAAGAGGUUACUAAAAUUGGUCGAGAUGCUGUCCUGUAUGUUGAGUCCCUUAUUGAGUCUAUCAUGGGAGGACUAGAAGGAUUAAUCAAUAUUCUCGACUCUGAAGGUGGUUUUGGCUCACUGGAGAUGCAGCUUCUUCCUGAGCAAGCAGCUACUCUUAUGAAUCUGACAUCGAGAGUUUCUAUUCCUUCAACAAAAUUACCAAAACCCAUAUCUGGAUUUCAUUUCCCAGGCUACGAGAGUUAUCCUGAAAAUAGUAGUUCUAUAAAAAUGUUAGAAGCUGCAAUGCAGAGGUUGACAAAUCUUUGUUCAGUUUUAAAUGAUAUGGAGCCUAUAUGUGUUCUAAACCAUGUCUUUGUUUUGAGGGAGUACAUGAGAGAAUGCAUCCUUGGGAACUUCAAGAGGAGACUGAUUGCAGUAUUGAAAACUGAUAAUGAUCUUCAACGGCCUUCUGUUCUGGAGUCACUGGUUCGCAGACAUAUCAACAUAGUCCAUCUUGCAGAACAACAUAUUAGUAUGGACCUGACACAUGGUAUCCGUGAAGUUUUACUCACAGAAGCCUUCUGUGGUCCAGUUUCUUCUCUGCAUUUGUUUGAUAAGCCUGCCGAGCAGCAUUCUGGAUCAGCCACUGAAGCUAUAUGCAACUGGUAUAUUGAAAAUAUUGUCAAAGACAUGUCUGGAGCUGGAAUCCUGUUUGCACCACUUCAUAGAUGCUUUAAGAGCACAAGACCUGUUGGUGGUUAUUUUGCAGAGUCAGUGACUGAUCUCAGGGAACUUAAAGCCUUUGUUCGAAUUUUUGGUGGCUAUGGGGUUGAUAGGAUGGACAGAAUGGUGAAAGAACACACAGCUGCACUUUUAAAUUGCAUUGACACAUCACUGCGUGCAAACAGAGAGGUGCUAGAAGCAGUUGCUGGAAGCAUGCAUUCUGGUGACCGAAUAGAACGAGAGACAAAUAUGAAGCAGAUUAUAGAUCUGGACACAGUGGUUGGGUUCUGUAUUCAGGCAGGACAAGCUAUAGCUUUUGAUUGCCUUCUAGCAGAAGCUGCUGGGGCAGUGCUUGAAGAUGGUGCACAUCUAAUACACUCUCUGCUAGCUGGGAUUGUUAAGUAUUUACCUGAUGAAAUACCUGAAAAGAAGGAAAUUAGGAGAAUGCGAAGGAUUGCAAAUAACAUUGGUGUGAUCAGUGAUCAUGAAACUGAGUGGGUGAGAUCAAUUUUGGAAGAGAUUGGUGGUGCUAAUGAUGCUUCAUGGAAUUUUUUGCCGUAUUUCUUUGCCACCUUUAUGACGUCGAAAAUUUGGAACACUACUGCCUUCAAUGUUGACACUGGGGGCUUUAACAACAAUAUUCACUGCUUGUCAAGGUGCAUCUCUGCUGUAAUUGCGGCAAAUGAGUUUGUUAGAUUGGAAAGGGAACACCAGCAAAAACAGUAUUUCUCAAAUGGACAUGUUACUGAGUCGUUGGAUCCUGAGAUAGUCAACCGCUUAUCAGCUGAAACAAAUGUAAAGUCUGCAAUGCAGCUGUUUGUUAAGUUCUCUGCUGGAAUAAUUUUGGAUUCUUGGAGUGAAACCAACAGAUCCCAUCUUGUGGCUAAGAUUAUUUUCCUGGACCAAUUGUGUGAGAUCUCGCCAUACCUUCCAAGAAGCUCCCUUGAAGCCCACGUCCCCUACACCAUUCUCCGAUCAAUAUAUAGCCAGUACUAUGCAAAUUCCCCCUCUAUGCCGAUGGCUUUACUCACUGCAUCACCACGCCAUUCACCUGCUGUAUCUUUAUCACAUGCAUCACCUGUAAUCAAGCAAUCGCGGGGCGAUUCAACUCCUCAGCCAAGUGUCAAUGAUUCUGGUUAUUUUAAGCCAUCAUCAACCCAUGGCCAAGAACAACUAUAUGAUGAUAGUGGAAGCAUACGAAGCAUGGACAACAAACAUAGAAAUAUUAGGCGGUCAGGUCCACUGGAUUACAGCUCAAGCCGGAAAGUGAAGUUUGUUGAAGGCUCAACAUCAGCUAGCAGGGGACCCAGUCCACUGCCGAGGUUUGCAGUGUCGAGGUCAGGUCCUAUAUCAUAUAAGUAGUAGGGAGGAAGCUUGAAUUAGACAAAAGGAACAGUAAAUAUCUAAUGAAACAUCUUAGUAGGUUCGUGUAAUUAUUAAGCUUAUAUAAAUUUUGGCUA